AUGACAUGCUCUGUGGAUUUUAACAGCAAAGAUUUGGAUAUAAGCUUCUUUGUUUUCAAGCCAACUGUUGUAAUUGUUGACCAUCUUGUUCAUGGACUCCAAGAGUUUUCUUUACUAACUGAAAACCUUGGUUGCUUACAAAGCUCAAUAUUUAGAAGCAUCCAUGGAAAUAUGAUCAUAUGGUAUGGAGCAUGGCAUAAACGGUCCAGUGAUGAAAAAGAUGAGUUGACCGCAAAUCUUCAAUCAAUGCUAACUAAUGUAACAAGAAUGGCAGUUUUUGUUGAACAUAAUUUCCUUGAUGCAUAUGCUGGAGAAUCAAGAGAUGGUUCUUCAACUGUGAAAUUCAGUACUGGUGACAUAAUCUCCAUAAACUCAGUAGUCACAAGUACUAAAGAUCUUAAUGACCUGUGCUAUGCAGUCCUAGCUAUUUUCAAGUCUCGUUUUUCCAAAAUAGAAGGCAUAAGUGCAGGGCUUUGCAUGAAAGGCCAAAGAUUACCUAGAGUGGUAUGCAUUCAUGUGUGGAAGUCCCUACAAUUUUGUUACUCAUGGGUUCUCAAUUCAGACCAUAGAAAGUGGAUGAUGCCAUAUCUUGAACGCUUCUCCACUGACAUGAAGUAUGAUAUUUACCGAGUAGUCUUUGUUAGUGGUGACAAUUUAGUGAACCUUCCCUAUAUUUCUCCUCAUCAAAUGUUAGAAAAUGAGGAAGAAAGUAGACAGGGACAGCUUAUGCAAAACUGA